UUAAGAUUUUCAAACCAAUCUUACUUUUUAAACUUUUGAAUUUCUGUAGGAAUGUCACAUCUGCAACUCCUGUUUAAUAUGUUUAUUGCUUUUGUUUGAUUAUAAAUAAAGAGGGCAUUAAAGAUCAAUCCCAAACAACUAGCUCCCCAAACUUUCUUUUCUUUUUUAAUAAUUUAUUGGAGAAAAUGCCUUCCUCUCGCUAUCUAGUUGCAGCCGCUGCUGCUAUAUUCUUCGCAAUUGUGCUUGAAGGAUCAGUGUCUGUGGCUCAGCUGAGUUCAAACUUUUACGACGAAACAUGCCCCAAUGCAUCGAGCAUUAUUGAAGGAGUUCUUGUGCAAGCUUUUCAGUCUGAUCCCAGAAUCGGUGCCAGUCUCAUUAGGCUUCAUUUCCAUGACUGUUUUGUUCAGGGUUGUGACGCAUCCAUUUUACUGGAUCCCACUGAUACAAUAGACAGCGAGAAAGGAGCUUUUGGAAACAAUAACUCAGCCAGAGGCUUUGAUGUUGUUGAUCAAAUGAAGGCCGCAUUGGAAACCGCCUGCCCUGGAAUUGUUUCAUGUGCUGAUAUUCUCACCAUUGCUGCUGAGCAAUCUGUUGCCUUGUCAGGAGGUCCUUCAUGGACAAAUCUAUUGGGAAGAAGAGACAGUACAACAGCUAACCGAACUCUUGCUGAUGAAAAUCUUCCGGGACCAACUUUAACCCUAGAAGAACUCAAAGCCAAGUUUAUUAAUGUUGGCCUCAACGGUGACACAGAUUUGGUCUCUUUAUCAGGUGCUCACACAUUUGGAAGGUCACAGUGUCAAUUCUUCUCUCAGCGAUUAUACAAUUUCAACGGGACAAAUCAACCUGAUCCGAGCCUAGACACAACCUAUCUACAAGUGCUUCAAGCUCUAUGCCCAGAAGGAGGAAACGGCAGCGUUUUGGCUAAUCUUGAUACUUCAACUCCUGAUGUAUUUGACAACAAUUACUUCACCAAUCUUCAAGGAAACAAAGGCCUUCUCCAGACCGAUCAAGAGUUAUUCUCAACUGCCGGGGCCGAUACCGUCGACAUUGUUAACCUCUACGGCUCUAACCAAACUGCUUUCUUUGAAAGAUUUGUGGUGUCAAUGAUAAGGAUGGGAAAUCUGAGUGUUUUGACAGGGAGUGAAGGAGAAGUCAGAUUGAAUUGCAGUAAGGUUAAUGGGAUUUCAAGUUUGUCAAGUGGUGAUAAUUUGAUCAGCUCAUUCUAAAUAAUUAUUGAAGGGAGAAAUUAUGAGUAAAGCAAUAUGGCUGAUAAGCUGGAAUAAACUUGUCUUUUGCGUUUGACAGAAGUUCCGAGAUCUUUAUUAAUGAAAUAAAUUGACUAAUUUAAGUGUUGUUUC